AUGACUAACACACCGUCGCCAAAAAAAAUAUCCAUAUCAAAACAUUCUUCUGUAAAGACUGGACGAAUAGAGAAACAUACCCAUUCACCAAUAAAAGCGCGAAAAUCUCUACCACUUGAAUGGUGUAAGAGCGAAACUGCAGUUGAAAAGGUCACCCGAUGGUUAGAGCUCGAUGAUGAAGUAACACUCGUAAGAUCUCCCAGAAAGUACGCCCCAACAAACUACGGAAUGAUGGAUAUGCCAGUCAGAACAACUAGAAACGCGAACGUAAAAGCAACUGAUAAUCUUCUUACCUCUCGCAACCAGUCAUAUUUUUCACAAUCACGUACAAUUUCUACUAAGACUUCAAUGCAACGCAAAGAUGUCAAGCAGAAACGGCCACACCAAAAUACUAAAACUGCUAACGCCCGUCCUCCCCGGUCGCUCUUUCGCACCUCUGAACUCCUAUUCUCUCGCGCUUUCCCUCGUUUAUUCGCCUGGCUCUCUACGGAAAGUGAUUCCGAGAGUGAAGAUGAAGAAGUAUACGCGACAAUGGCAUCCAAACGCUCGGUUGGUAAGAAAAGGCAUGGGGGGAAGAUUAAACGAGUACCAGAGUCCAGUAAGCGUUUGUUUGGUGUUUUCAUGGGUCGUUGGUAG